ACAGCUUGGUAAACGUUUGUGUUGUGCUGAGUUCGCGUUAAACGGAAAACGUCGGAAAAGGCGAGCGCCAGCGCUUAUUGCAAGCUACGGGCUACGGUUGCAACGGCGGUUUUUAUAGCAACAAGCGGCCGCUUGCGAGUUUGCCGUAUGGUAGUCAUUUCGUUGCGUGAACGUGGAAGGAAGCGCGCUGCACGUUACUCGUGCAUUCGAUGGAGAAAACGCGAGGCCCAUGCAUACAUUGCACCGGUACCAUGUAUACAAAGACAGCUAGUAAAAGGGUGCGCGCUUGUUUUCUUCCUUUUUUUUUUCGCCCUUUCCGGUUGGUCAGUUUAGUAUAGAGCGGCGAUCGAAUUGCGAGGCCGGCGGAAUAGGUCAAAACACGGGAGUGGGUCAAAUCUACAACGAACCUUGCCGCUACAGAACCCGGCACCUUGGCAUCAAGGCCUCUGAUGCGCUUUUCUUAGCCCAGAGUUCGUUGGCUAUUCUCAUUCGUCUUGCUUACUUUUCCUUUCUUUUUUUCUUCUUUGCAGUUGCUCGCAGUAGCGACAUAUAUACCUCUACAAUAUGAAUGACGAUCCCUGGUGGCAGGAGGAGGUGUUAGGCGUGGACCUCGAGCGUAGUUGCUCACAGCCGACAUCGGAGAGUUGUUGGCUGUGUGAUGAGCUAGAAGACUGGAACGCCGUGCUGAACCCAUUGUGCCUUAACCUCAUCGAGUGGCAACUGGGAAAGCUUCAGUUGUGCACGCUAGUAGGAAUCCCCGAGAUGAUCUAUUCGAAAGACUGCAAGACUCGAUAUGACGCUGCCUACGUCAUGGCGUGGCUGCCAAGAAAACAUAGCUGCAUUGAGGCGAUCCGCUUAAAUGAACAUCAUCCACAACCACAUAUUCUUUCCUUUCCAGAAAUAACCACCGCAGAGUGUCCACUGAAGCUGCACCACAUAGUCAUUGCAGGCAGUGCACCCUACGAUUGGGCCUUGCUUCUCGACACCUUGGGGUCCAUUGUGUCGCUUGAGACAUUCGAGCUCCGCAACGUCGAAAUGAGCAAAAGCUUUGCCGCGAAAGCUGGUGAACUUUUAUCUGCCAACUGUGCUUCUAUUAAGACCGUGACUUUGUCAAAAGCCACGAUUCCUCGCACUGCCUCAGAGGCUCUCGUGAGCAGCAUAUCAAAGUGUCAGAACCUUCGGGAACUCACACUCAGUUCCAACAUGAGCACCAGCGCACUGAAAAAUUUAGCCAAGCUGCUGCGAUCAACGAAAACAUUGGAGACGCUGCAUUUGCAGGCAGAGCCUAAUGUGCACACAUCAGCAGAAUCGCGCUACCAGAGAAAUGAAAAAGGAAUAGCACUGGCAGUUGCCGAACUCUUGCGGAGAAACAUGUCGCUCGUCGAGUUGCACUACCAAGCUUCUAACGAAGCCACUAAAAACAUUCUGAUGGCCAUUGAAGCCAAUGAUACACUCAAGCACCUGAUACUCACUGGUGACGAUUAUAAGGUUAACUGCAUUGACACAGCUAUUGGCAGUUUGCUCGAGUCGGCGCUGUCGAACAACCGAGGCCUUUGUUCACUAACUCUUAGGGGCUACAAAAUUCUCAGUGGUGUCGCCGCACUCAUAUCCAAAGGACUGCAAGCGAACGCUACUCUAGAGAGUCUUGAUGUGUCUCAGUGUUGUGUGGAUGUGGCCGGAGUGCGAGUUCUCUGCAACGCCCUGAAACAGAAUAAGACAUUGCAGAAGUUGCAGAUUGAAGCCCAUUCAGCAUCGAAGAGUGAAAGGUUGGAACUGUAUGCAGAACUGGACAAGAACCAGUGGUACAGCCGCAUCCAGCUAAGCUGCAUAAACAUGGUCACUCAAGAGCUUGUCAAGUCCCUGUCGCAACCAUCUCUGUGUCCCACCGACAUACACCUCGUGGUCGACAAGGAUUCUGGAGCAUCCUUUACUGCCCUAUUCAAAGCGCUAAGCAUUAGUAUCUCUGUAAAGAGCUUAAGUGUCUCCUUAAAUGGCGCCCAGCUUGGACAUUUGACAAGCCUGCUCACCGCGCUCGAAGAAAACAAAUCCCUGAGAUCUGUUACACUUCAUGAGAGCUUUUUAGACUCUAACUGUGCUGCGAUGGUGGUGCAGGGCCUCAUCUUGAACGAAUCCGUGGUGGAACUGACGUUGGAGUGCCGCGAGCUAAGCAGCAUGUCUGCGGAACUGAUUGCACUGCUGCUUGAGUCAAACGAAAUUCUGUACAAGUUCCACCUCUCGAGUUUGCCGGAACUGACAUUCGAUUUAGUACGCACUAUAUCCCAGGGAGUUAUUGCGAAUAAGUUCUUCACCGAGGUGGACAUAGACUGUGAGGCACCAUUUAUGCGAGCAGCUGUCCAGAGGAAUGUGACGCAGCUGCACCGCGCUGUUCGUUUUGUGUUGAGGCGAAAUGUGGGGAAGCGGUGUGCAGCAUCAUUUGAGCUCCUCGAGUCAAAGCCAUCCUUGAUUUCAGGCCUGCAGUCAGCGGCUGGUAUGACCGAAGUGGAAGCAAAGUGUGCCGUGAAGGCAGCCAGGCACUUUCUGUGGACAAAUUACCUUUUCAUUAACUACAUUGUGCAUCACAAGUUGGAGUGCUACCCCAAAGAAGUAUUUAAGUCAAGACUAUUUUCGCUCAACCAAACUGAUAAGCAAUUUAGGUAUGCAUUAACGCUGACAGAAAGUUCAGAAGUGUCAUUGGAUGUAAAAAACACGGUAUCAUCGGCAUACAUUGCCAAGUCAGGUGAGUCGAGUAUUCUUACAAUAUCAUUUACAUAAAUUAAGAACCAUAGUGGGCCCAGUUUUAUGCCCUGAGGUGCGUACACCCUAUUUUAUAGGCAAUAUGUCAGAGGUAAUAGACCUUAUCUGAACAAAUCGGUUUGAAUUUGUUAAAUAAGUUAUUAAAUCAUUAAUGACUCUGUGUAUUCCAUAGAUUUCUAGUUCAUGUAAUAAUAUUGUAUGAUCGAUCGAGUCGAAAACCUUCUGCAAAUCUAAAAAAAGGCCAAGUGUAACCUUCUGUUUUUCGAUGUUCUCAAUUAUUUUGUCUUUGAUAUCUAGAAGGGCUUGCUCUGCUGACUUAUUCUUUUGGAAAUCAUAUUGGUACUUUGAGAUUACAUUGUGUUUAGUCAAGAAAGACCACAGCCUGUCAAACAUGACACUUUCGAUGAGCUUUUAAAAUAUAUUUAAGACCGAUAUUGGUCUGUAAUUUGAGGCUUGAUCUUUCGCGCCACCUUUAUAGAUUGGUCUUAUGCGAGCAGCUUUUAGCGCAUCUGGAAAAAUACCUGAAGAUAUUGACAAAUUAACAAUACAUGUAUAAUCUAGAGUGACACUUAUUUCGCUUGAGACAUAUUUGAUCGGCUCCAGUUGAAUUCCGUCAGCUUUUCAUCAUCAUCAUCAGCCCGGUUACGCCCACUGCAGGGCAAAGGCCUCUCCCAUACUUCUCCAACUGCCCCGGUCAUGUACUAAUUGUGGCCAUGUUGACCCUCCAAACUUCCUAAUCUCAUCUGCCCACCUAACUUUCUGUCGCCCCCUGCUACGCUUUCCUUCCCUCGGAAUCCAGUCCGUAACCCUUAAUGACCAUCGGUUAUCUUCCCUCCUCAUUACAUGUCCUGCCCAUGCCCAUUUCUUUUUCUUGAUUUCAACUAAGAUGUCAUUAACGCGCGUUUGUUCCCUCACCCAAUCUGCUCUUUUCUUAUCCCUUAACGUUACACCUAUCAUUCUUCUUUCCAUAGCUCGUUGCGUCGUCCUCAAUUUAAGUAGCUUUUGCCGAGGCUGUACUCUUCGUUUUGUCUAUCAGAUUUUGCAUCUCAACGCUAUCUGUGGGGUGCAGGAAAAUGGAGCUGGUCACUGGCGGGAUAUCGAUUACAUGAACCUCUCUUCUUUCGCGUCCUCUCGAGGUACAUGGGCCAGCCGGAACAAAAUGUUCGUUCAUGCUCGUCAUUUUACUUUUAUUCAGUAGUGGUAUCUGGGACGCGAUACUAGACUUUCUACUUGUUAUACUAUUCACUGCGUUCCAUAUCAGUUUCGGUUCGUUACGUAUGCUAGAAAACAGUUGUACAUCUUGUUUAGCUUUCGUCAGUUUGCUUCGCAGGUGAUUUCUGAACUUUUUGAAUGUCGCCAACUGGUUCUUGGUCACGUGUAACAGUUUGCUGUGUGGUGGGUUUGUCGCUUCUGCAGAAGCUGAGGCCGACGACGAAGACGCACUCUCAGUGAAGGUGUCAGACGGGAACUGUCUGCUUCCAUUAGAUUAAACUCAAUAGUUUUCGUCAUAUAUAUAGUAACAUGACUGUAUGUUAUAAUCCUCUGCUGAUGACAGAAACUGACAUUGAAGGAAACAUCACAUACCCUAUAUCUGUAGGUUUUGAUUAUGGCACCUAUUGUCUUAUUGUGAUGUAUUCAAGUACAAGAUAGGACUUUGUGAAAGUCUAAAAAUUUAAGUGCAAAGAAGGGCAGAGAGAUGAUCCCUCUGUUGUUUCUACACCGGAAAACUGCCUUUCUUUGUUCAAUGACAUCUCUCUUGUCUACAUGUGUGUGUUGUAUGUGCGUGUGCGUGCACAUGUGUGUUCAAAAAUGUUAAAUGUGCAUAAAGCGUAUCAGUGUAGUGGAAGUUUUAAGCAUUUAGUAGUUGAGGGACGGUGUGUGUUGUGUUCCACUGUGGUAUGUCAUGCUUCAGAAGAGACCAUUGAAGGAAGCCAAGGUCAAAUUUUGUGUUCAGUCACAUCUCUCUUACUUGCAUGCAUGUCUGUGUAAGCUCAGAGAUAAGUUAAAUGCAUAUAAAUGGUACUAUGUUAGUGCAGGUUUUCUGCCUCUAGUACCAAAGUAAGGGAUGAGGUGGUGUGCUGUGUUCCAUUAUGGUAUCGGAUAUCCUUCAAGCAGGAACACUGAAGAACUGUUUGUAAUGUGCAUGGUUGUAAAACAGUGACACUGCAAUGACAUUUUCUAAUGUUUCGGGGACAUUACAUCUUUAAAGUCUAUAUCGCAUUUUUUUUUGGUACACUACUUUAGACAUUGCAGCACUGUACAUACUCAAAACGUUGCAACUUGCCAUCAGAAUUGUAGCGCCAGUGAAGUCCUGUAUCAGGCAUGCAGAAAAUGCCUGCAUAGCAGCCUCCUGUAGCCAUCUAUCGUUUUUGUUGUAUGUAUUGCCCGACACGUUGUAUACUACACUGGUUAAAACUGAACAAUGUUAGAGCAACUCGUGGUGUUAUUUGAGCUGGAGGAGCACACUUUGGGUGGUUAUGCAAAAAAAAGAGGUGAGGCGUGCAGACAGGACGCAAGAGUAGAGAAGUGGACAACAUGAACGUUUUUAGUUUUUUUAGGCGAUCGUGUUGUCCGCUUCUCUACUAUUGUGUCCUGUCUGCACGCCUCACCUCUUUUUUUGCAUAAUGAAUCCUUACCAACUAGCGCAGCUUUCUGUCAUUCUAAACUUUGGGCGGUGCUUGCAAAUUUUAGUAAACCAGAGGGCAAAUGGCUGAGGGCAGUUGACAGCACAUAUGUCCUCAGCCUGUUUUGCAAUUUUACACUAACUUGCUUGGUAAAAGUAUGAGCGCAUACUGUUCCUGUGAAAAUUCAACUGUCCUUUUAUACCAGUAUUGUUAACACAAAAGGAUUGGCACAGCAACAAAUGGAAAUAAGCAGCCAUUGUUGCAUGUAGAGCUGUCAGUUGGGUGUGUUGGUAAACGUUCAUGAUGGAAAAAGCACAACCAAAAACAGAGUGCUUUGUCCUGGGUUCUUCUUAAGUCACCGUUUUUAGUAGCGCUUCUUCCAUCAUGAUUCUUGUAUCUACGUUUAAUGUGAUUGUUAUCAAACGGAGAGACUUGCAUCAUUAAUACCAGUUACAUCUAUUAUUAUUAUUAAAUUAUUCUUCCUCUUCUACAUUCACCAUGUUGUCAGCAUACGUAAUAGCAUAGGGAACCAGAUUGCUUAAAUUUAGACUAACAUUUCAUUUCGGUAUACAUUUGCACGAGAAAUUACAGUAUGUAUUUUGCUAAUUAACAAGUUUUCUUAUUUGGCACAUGCUGUGAUUGGUUACUUUUGCAGCCGGUGUACUCUCAAUGCAGUUGCACUUGGAACAAGUUUUAAGAACGCAAGUUGAACCACCUUUACUGUUAUGUUAUGCUCCUGUGGUACUAUUAAAGCCUCCUGUCACCUUCACUUUCA